AUGGAACUCAAGCCUUCCCUGUCGCUGAUCCUACCUCUCAUCGCCUUCGCCGUCUACAGCCAGGCAGGAUAUCUAUGGAAACUGGUUAGCCGAGUCGACAUCGACAAAGCACGACUCGUGCGCUGGGAGAACAGCACCGCCCUCAACAAUCAAGACUGCCAGGUGAUCCAUGCGGCCGACGCGUGCGAAGAUGUCAAAAUCCAUUACCCAUCGCAGACCGCUUUUCUGGGCUGUGGUAACCCUAUCGAACGAACUCAUUGGUACCCCUGCGCCGGUGUACGCACGGUGGAACGGCGAGCAGAGUCGUCAUUUCGCGAACAACUGUUCAAACACGAUUUGAGGACCGGCCAGACCACGGCUCUGGAACUGGUUGGCAUGGAAGGAGAUUUGAUCACCCACGGCAUCGAUAUUCUUCCUGUGCCUGAGGAGCCCUCAAAGGUCCAUGUUUUCGCAGUCAACCAUGCCCGUGAUGGUGAUUCCAUAGCCAUAUUUGUUCACGAGCUCGGUUCCAAUGUCCUGCGGCUGGUCAAGAAUGUCAAGCAUCCCAAUAUCAAGACUGCAAAUGGGGUCGUCGCGACAGGGCCACUGAGCUUUUUCAUCACCAAUGACCACUAUUCCCGCAAAGGUCCCGUGCGGAUGCUGGAGGAGAAGUAUGGUCCCUUUACAUGGUCGAGCAAUGUUCAACAUUGUGAUGCACGGGGUGAGGAGGUCUUCUGCAAGAAAGUUGGAGGCGCGUUCCCUAAUGCAAACGGCAUCAAUCUCUGGCAGGAUAAGCUCUUUGUGGGCGACUCCAGCAAUGGGACUUUGACGAUUUUUCAGGUUCAGGAGGAUAAAACGCUCACCAAUCUUAAAGUUGUGGAUGUAGGGGCCGGUGCAGACAACAUCAACAUUCUUCCUACAACAGGUGACCCGAUAGUCGCAGUCUUUCCCACGCUCGAGAAUCUUCCAGCAUAUCGUGAUAACGUCAGAACCCUCGGAAAGGAAUUCCUGGUGCCCGCUGCUGCACUUCGACUGGACCACACAAAGGACUAUGCGCCCGAGCUGAUCUACUUCGAUGAUGGCUCGGUCAUAAGUUUCAUGACGGGGGUCGCUGCGGACCCGGUGAACGGCUGGCUUUUAGUAUCAAGCGUGCUCCAAUACGGGGGCUUUGCUGUGUGCAAAGUGCCGCCACAUGCAUUCGCAUGA